UCAUUGGCAUGGGGCAUGUAACAGCUGGUCCUCGACGCCGAUGGCGUUGGUGGGGUAGUACUUUCGCAAGUCGAAGGCGUCAUACAUGCCGGCGACCAAGUCGUCCCUGCAGCACACAUACAUACAUACAUACAUACACACAUACACGGCGGCAGACGUGAAUGGCAGGCAGGCAGCCAACACCGUCGACCUAUCAUCACUCAGUCCCGUGCGUAUGCAGCCAGCCGUGUGUGUGAGCGUGUGUGUAUUCCAGCUGGACGUACCUUGACAACCGAAAUGCACCAUUCAUCCCUACACAGCAUCCUUCACCACACCGUCAUCACGCUGGCCCCAACAUACGUGCCUACCUGGAGACGGGAACCACAAGAAGAAAUCACUAUUUUGUCCGCUGCUGCUCCACUGACCGCAACACCGCACCGAAUGAGGGGGGGCGGUAGAGAUCGACACCGUCCACGUAGUCGUACACCACGAACUUGUUGCUCGCCAGGGCCAAUGUUGAGCCUGUCAUCUUCUUCUGGGCUGCCGACAGCUCGAGGAAGGCAUAUGAGCACACCCAUGACAACCGAA